AUGUCUGAUGAAGAACUUUUACAAAAAGCUGUUGAAUGUGCAAGAAAUUUUCAAGAUUUUCCUCAAGUUCUCAUGGCAAUUAGUCUUCAUCCAGAAUGGUUAACUAUCAUCCCAGAGAAUCGAAAAUGGGCAAUUUUACAUCAAAUUAUUUUUUCCGGUGAUGUCAAUCAACUUGAACAAUUACUUGCUUUACAAAAAUUGAAUAAAAAAUUUCGUUUACAAACGAAUACACGUCAACAGGAGACAGUAUUAGAUAUUGCUGCUUUACGUAAAGACGUACCAGAUAUGUUGAAACGUAUUCAACAACUUAUUAAACUCGAUGAAAUGCUUACUUAUGCGAGAGAUUGUCAAUGGGAUAAAUGUUAUAAUAUUAUUAAAGAAAAUCCCAGUUUUGUUAAUGAAAAACCGCCCUAUCGUCGUUUUUAUUUAAUUCAUCACAUAGCUUACGCAAAUGCUAUUAAAGAAUAUGAAAAUAUGAAACAAAUAAAAGGCUGUAAAUUCGAUUUAAAUCUACGAGCUGAUCGAAAGAAAAUUAAUCUUAUUGCUAAAGAAGGACAACAGUUUGCAUUUGCAACAUAUAUUGAAAAAGAAUGUCCAAGUUUAUUAGAGCAAGAUGAUCCUGAUGAUGAUAGCAUUUAUCAGGCAACAGACCAUGCUAUAAAACAAACAGAAAUUAUAAAUACUAUGAUGGAACAAACGAAUAUAAUUCAAGAUUUAGAUCAAAAUCUUAUUGGUGGUCCAACUAAAAAAAGUCGAGAUGAAGUAAUGAAAUAUUUAAAUAAUUCAAAAACUGAUACUGAAAUACAAGAAGUAAAAACAAAAGUUGCAAGUUCGAAGGUUGAAGAAAGCAAACAUAAAGAGAUUCUUCUUGAUAAUCUAACGUGUCCACUUACACUUGCUGUUUUUACUGAUCCAGUGAUUGCUGCAGAUGGAUUUACCUAUGAACGUUCAGCAAUUACAAAAUGGUUAGAAAAAAAUGAUAGAUCACCGAUGACAAACCAAAAACUUUCUAAUAAAAAUCUCAAUCCAAAUCAUAUUGUUAAACAAAUUAUCAGUGCUUUUCAAACAGUACUUUAA